AUGCCAAUUUACAGCUCGCCGGGAUCUCCACACAGCCUUACGAAAUUCAGGCACGUCGUAUCCGUCCUUCCGCCCGAAGUCGGUUCCGACGUCGCGGACGUCCUGAUGGCCCCAAUGGGCGAAACACCGUACGACACCCUCAAAUCUGCUCUUAUUGAACGUACUAUGGCCUCCGAACGACGCAGAUACCAACAAUUGCUGUCUGGUGAAGACCUGGGCGACCGCCGCCCAUCGCAGUUCCUACGACAUCUUCAAGGCUUGCUAGGCGACCGGGCCUCGUCCUUCGAUGAACGCUUACUCAUGGAAUUGUUCCUCCAGCGACUCCCUUACCACCGUACAGAUGAUUCUUGCCACGGCCACCAACCUUUCGCUUCGGAACUCUCCCUACACGCUGACAAGAUCAUGGAGGUGGCACCGCCACCUGUUUGCGCCGUCGCCUCACACCACUCUGCCUCCCAGCACCAUCCAGCGGAAUCUAGCGUCCCGCCGUUUCCCAGACCAUCCCUGCCUCUGAACUUUCACCAUUGA